AAAAAAAAAAACCACCAAGAAAAGAAAACCUGCUAAAAGGACUCCUGUUGUCCUUGUGGAAUCAGACUGUAACAAUGUUUGUGGAGUGAUAGGUGCCUUUGGGACAGGCUGUUGGUGUUUUUGGGGCUGUUUUCCAUCCUGUUUCAGCAGUCCCAGGGCUGUGGGGUCCGGGCUGCUGCAGGGUGCCUGCUGCUAAUAAUAACGUGGUAAGGAGUUUACCCACCCUGAUCCGGCUAAAGACGGCACCGAGAGAGCCACGGACAUCAUCAGCCUCCGCUCUGCCCCUAGAUUAGGUGGAUAAACCCGCACAGGGCAAGGCCGGGCUCUGGAGCAGAAGGAAGGGAAUGGGGGCUCCGGUCAGAGCCGAGGGGUUCGGGCUCUGCCUCGGAUCCGCAGAGGAGCAGGAUUUGGAGCACGGGGCAGGAUUUGGAGCCAAGGAGAGCACGUCAAAGCCACCAGGGCGUUCUCAUUUCCUUUGCUCUCCGAGUUCUAAUUUGUUCCACAUUGCAGCUCCGGAGCGGCCUCUCCCUCCACUUGCAGCAUCCAGGCUGCGGUCACUGCCGUUAGUCCGGGGCUGCCACUCCAGUGGUUUCCAUUUAAAAAGGCAGAAAAAGAAAAUAAAAGAAAAAUUUCCAACAAAGAUCUGAGGAAACAGCUUUUCUGGUUCCUAUUCUGGAGUGGUUAUAGCUGAAAUCUCACCACCCAUCCCUGUGCUGGGAUGAGCCCCUGGGGAAAUUCCAGAUGAUUAAAAAGUGUUUCAAUGGUGUUGUUGCUCUUCCCAAAAGGGAAUGAGAUGACCUGGUAGCUACAGGUUGAUUGGCUUGAUAGCAUCCCCCCAGGGAGAAGAGGGAGAAACCUGGCUCGGGCUCCAAUUGAUUAAAGACUUGAACACCAGGAAUAAAUUCCUGCCAUCCAACGUGGCUGUAUGGAAAAUAACUCCUGGCAAGAAAUUAUUUCAGACUCCAGCAUGAGAGGUGACUCUCUGGCUGUAAUACACUUCUGAGAAGCAGUUGAGUUAUGGGAGGUGAUAUUCUUGUAAAAAUCUGCACUUUCCAGUAUUAAAAAAGUCAAUCCAGUCCAGUAUUUAGAGCUGACAUUGCACAGUGUCAAGAAAGCUGGUAUUAAAUAAACGUGAUCCAUUUCCAAGGCAGUUAUCAGGGAGAUUAUCACUGCUGGGCACUGCUAGCUGGUAACAUGGACCUGGUGUUUUUAUCACUAAUCUGGAAGAAAGGAGAUGGAAAUGAUUUCUGGAAAAACCUGGAUCUGACCCAGGGCAGCUGAGUGUUAAUGGUUUGCACAAAUCCGGGUGGUAAGCUGAGUGAGAGAAAGGCAUCCUGACUGGAGCAGAAUGGAACAUGGAAAUCUUUUACACCCAAAAAUAAUAACUGUGGCUGUACGUGGUUUCCUGUCCCUAAUCUGGAUGGUAAAUGUUCAGCUGGAGCUGCCUGCAGAUGCUGGGAGAGGCAGCACAGGGGCAGCAGCUUGGGGGGGGUGGCUGUCUGUCUGUCCUCAUUUCUGCACUGGAGAAUUGAAAAUUUUCAGGAUAAUGUGAAAUUUGGCUCAGGAGAACAAAAUAAAUAGCAGUUAUUUGCACUUCUGGUCAGAACCAAAUUUGGGUUUAUGGCAGCCAAAUCUAAAUUUUGCUUCUCAGCAAAAUGGAGUCUGAGGGGAACGGACUAAGGGCCUGCAGAAAGGGUCUUACAGGUGGAGAGGAGGGGGCCAUCCAGUGAGUCCACCCAUAAUCAAAUCAAAGAGGAAAGAGGAAGGCUUGGCAACAGCAUCUAAAUACUCUCACAGAGGAGAAAAUACCUGUUAGCCAAAAUCUCAUUAACUGAGCAGAGAAAAGAUGGCAAGAAUCAAUAUCUGGCAGCUGAGGGCAGGGCAGACACACUGGAAAUAAGGCAUAAAUAUUUUACCAGGAGGAGUAAAUCACUGGAAGAACCGUGGAGCAGCAGAGGUGGGGGCAGCACCUCUUUGCCUUUUGCAUCACGACCUGCAGAGUUUCUCCCACAGCCCCAAGGCUGGGCCAGCAAGAGGGACUGGAUGGAACCACACCAAGGCCCUGAUUAGGUGAUUUAAUUAGAGGAUGAUGCAUUUAUCUUUAAUCAUGGUGGAGCCAGGGAAAGGAGUAGCUCUUGUGCCCUGAUGGCUCUCCCUGAGGAACACCCGUGACAUCCCUGGUGGCACUUGGCAGGUGCCUCUUUCAGCUUUGUCUCUGGCCACCAGUGGUUGUGUUCUUGCAGAUGUGUGGUGGGAAGUGCUUGGUGGGGACAGUGCUUGGUGGCUCUUCUUGAUGUCCAGCAAACCAGACUGAGAUUCAGAUCUCAGUGAGCAUCCCAGCAUGCUGGGGCUGCUGGGGGAAGGAGCUGCUCCAGGGCUUGCUUGUCCACCUGUGAGUCAGAGCAUCCCCAGCCUGGCAUCCUUGGGGACACGUGUGCUUAGGAGAAAGAGGUAAAGGUCACAGGGCUGUUGCUGGUUCCAUCUCCUCCCCUUCUCCUUUCCUUUCCUUCCUCCUGCUUCCUCUCCUUUCCUUCCUCCUGCUGUUCUCUCCUGGUCUCCCAUGCGAUGGGGUAGGUGCUGUUGAUUAUAGAUGUGGUUCAGAAUCCCACAUGCAAACAUCAGGACCGUGUUGCAGAACCUCUGAGCCUUCCAAACCCACCACACUGCGAGCAGCUGACGUCCAUGAGCAGCCCAGGACCUCUCCUCCUCUUCCUCUCUCAGAAACGUGACAGACGCCUGCCCAGGAUGGUGCACAACGAAGGGCAAAGAUUGUUUUGAGAAGGAGGAUGAAUGGAAGGGAAAAAGGCACGUGAGAAGAAUGGCAAGCUGUGCUUCAUGACGACCUCUCCCACCAUGUUUUAUGGGCCGUCCUCCAGCAUGGCUCCGCCAUCCAAGAGCCGCCUGAAGCGCCAGAGCCGCCUCUUCUCGCAGGUGCUCUACCGCACCCUGAGCUACAAGGACCGCGGCUCUGCGCCCGCCGAGGACGACCCGGCCGAGCUCUCCACCCAGCUCUCGGCCCCUGGCAUCCUGAAAAUCUUUGGGGGCAACAUCUGCGCUGGCACCAACUACAAGAGCGUGCUGGUGACGGGCAGCUCGGGCGCGCGGGAGCUGGUGAAGGAGGCCCUGGAGCGCUAUGGGCUGAGCCAGCUCAGCGCCGCGCAGUACGCGCUCUGCGACGUCAUCGGCCGCUUCCAGGGCCCCGAGAGGCAGUGGCAGACUGAGGGGCUCAGGGUGCUGGGCGACCACGAGAAGCCCCUGCUCAUCCAGGACCUCUGGAAGCCCAGGGAGGGCUUCUCGCGCCGGCUGGAGCUGCGCAGGAGGGCCGAGGUGGAGGAGAUGGCGGCCAGGGAUGUGGACACCACCACUGCAGGUCAGAGCUGGGCGUGGGGCAGGGAGAGGGGUUGGGGUGCACCCCCUGGAGCCCUCCCACAGCAGAGGCUUUCAUACAUGGUGUGGGUGCAGGGGUGGUGCAAGUGGGACGGUGGUCGUGUUUCAGCUGUAAGGCUCUGGGAGGUGGAAGGAGGGCUCCUUCUGUCCAAAGCAGCCCCAUUUACUGCAUGCCCAAAGUCAUUGUACCCAUUUAUUGCCGUGCCCAAGGCAGGGAUCACUGCUGUCCUGCUUGGCAGCGAGGAGAGUAAAAUAACGAAAUGUAAAUGUGCAUGGCGGACAGCUGGGGACAGCGAGGGGACAGCUGGGGACAGCGGGAGGCUGCAGCACUCUCUGCAUGGCAGCAGGAGGGUCCCUUCUCCCCGUCCCCGGUUCAUGCUGCGUGUCCUCGCUCGGCAGGACAGCCUGGUGUACCUGCUGAACCGCGAGCAGCACACGGUGGGCCAGAGGACGCAGGCCAGCAAGCCCAGCAUCAGCCUGUCCGCCCCCGACAUCCUGCCCCUGCACUGCACCAUCAGGAAGCUCCGACCUUCGCGGCACCGCUCGGAGGAGAAGCUGGUGCUGGAGCCCAUCGCCGGCGCCGCCGUCUCCGUCAACUUCUCCGAGGUGUCCCGGACGGUGGUGCUGCGGCACGGGGACCUGCUGUCCCUCGGCCUCUACUACCUGCUGCUCUACAAGGACCCCAUGAAGGCGCAGCCGCUGCCGGCGCAGACCCUGCUGAGGCUGCGGGCCCUGCACCCCGAGGCUCCGCACGUGUGCGGGGCGUGCGGCAGCCUGCUGAGGGACAGGGACCCCAAAAAGCGGGGCCCAUCACCUGGCGGCGGCCCCAGGACGCCCCGCAGGAGGCUGCAGCUGGAGUUCGAGCCCGCUGCCGAGGAUGUGCUGCUGCGGCGCAUCAUGAGCCUCAUCGAGCCUGGAGGGGAUGACCACAAGCUGACACCUGCCUUCCUGCUCUGCCUCUGCAUCCAGCACUCGGCCACCAACUUUGAGCCGGGAGACUUCGGGCAGCUGCUGCUGAAAGCGGCCAAAAUGAUCCAGAGGACGGUGUGGGAGCGGACGCGGGAGCUGGCUGAAAAGCAAUCCCAGCACCAGGACCCUGCCACCCUGUCCCGCUUCACCAUCACAGACCUCCUCCCAGACCUGCAGCACAUCAUCUUCUGGAUGGCCAAUGCCAUCGAGAUCCUCUACUUUGUCCAGCAGAAAUCACCCACCUACAUCCAGAGCAUGGAGGAAGAGCUGGACAUCAAAGGCUCCAAGGAAUCUCUGUUCUCCUCGACCAUCACGGCCAGCGAGGAGGCGAUGACGGUGCUGGAGGAGGUGAUCAUGUACACCUUCCAGCAGUGUGUCUACUACAUCUCCAAGUGUCUGUACGUGUCGCUCCCGGCCCUGCUGGAGUGCAACCCCUUCCAGAGCGAGUGCCGGGAGGGCUGGCGGGGAACUCCGCCCCUGCCCGAGGAGCUCCGCAGGAUCGUGCUCAUCUACCAGGCUGUGCUGGACCUGCUGCACCAGUACGAAGUGCACCCCGAGAUCACCUCCCAGAUGUUUGCCUACCUCUUCUUCUUCUCCAACACCCUGCUCUUCAACCAGCUCCUGGAUAAGGGCUCCUCUCUGGGCUGCUUCCACUGGUCCCAGGGGGUGAAGCUGCGGGCCAGCGUGCGGCUGCUCCUGGAAUGGCUGCACGGCGCCGGCUUCGAGCAGCUCUCACAGCAGUUCUUCUCCAAACUGGCCAGUGUGGCCAACCUGCUUGCCAUGCCCGGCUCCCAGCUGGUGCAGAUGACCUGGCCAUCCCUGCGAGCUGAGUUCCCAGCGCUGAGCCCCGCGCAGCUGCACCGGGUGCUGAGCCAGUGCCAGGCUGUGAUGGACGUGGGCUGCAUCUCAGCAUGGCAGCCCAGUGAGGAGGAGAGCCCAGCCACCUUCCAGCUUGAUGAGGUGCUGGAGUCCUUCGACAACCACCCACCCAUCAUCCUGCCCAGUGGGGGUUUCAAAGUGGACCUGGAGGUGGAGACGUUGGACGACAACAUCUACAGACACCUCCUCUACAUCCGCCACUUCCUCUGGAGCCUGCAGAGCAGGAGCCCCCACAGCAGCGAGGGGCCGGGCUCAGCACUCCCUAAGAAAGAGGCAUGCCCGACGCCGGAGGUGCUGGAGGUGAGCGAGGCCCCGGUGCCUGCCCCGGGCAGCACCAUCGCCAUCCAGGAGGAUUUUUGCUGCCUGGGGGGCUGUGCUGAGCCACAGGGGAACCCCAAACUCUGCCUGGCCAGCUGCUCCCCAACCCCCUAUGAUUACCCCACGCCGGAGUCCUCCAGCCGCAGCUCUGCCACCGAUGAUUUCUGCUACGUCUUCGUGGUGGAGCUGGAGAGGGGACCCAUCGGGCUGGGGAUGGGGCUGAUCGAUGGCGUGCACACCCCUCUCUGCUCCCCGGGGAUCUACAUCCGCACCCUGAUCGAGGACAGCCCCGCAGCUGCCGACGGCAGGCUCUCCAUUGGGGACAGGAUCCUGGCUGUCAACGGCACCAGCCUCAUCGGGGCAGACUACCAGAGUGCCGUGGAUCUCAUCCGCUCCGGGGGGAAAAAGCUGCGGUUUCUGGUUGCCAAGUCGGACAUUGAAAUAGCCAAAAAGAUCAGUUCCAGCUCCUCUUCCUCCUAGUCCUUGUGGAACAAGGAUCCUGCAGCAGCUUGUGGCUACAGCUCUGGUUAAGGCUGACCUCAGGGAGCCUGGAGUGCAAGAGGGAGGACCAGGACUCCACAGCAGCCCUCAAUGUGCUUUGGACACUUUGCCCCUGCACUGCAGCAGAAAGGACGUGCAAGGAUGGUGCACACUGCUCCCUCUGCACUGCCUGGGAGCAUCAUUCCUGAUCCAUUGCCCAGCCUCACCUCAUACCCAGUGUCAUCCUUCUUGGGAGCUUUCCUGUUCCUUUGUCCCCUCUGGCAGGGGGAGGAAAGGGAAUGCUCCCACCAUGAGGACUUGUAGGCAGGCUCCUCUGUUCCUCUAGGCUGGCAGCCCUGUGUAUGCUGACAGGCUGAAGGCUUGAAAUACUUUUGGGUUUUGAAGAGAACACAUGAGGCAGGCCUGGGCUUCACUGUGGCCACCUGAGGUGCUGGCACAUCAGGCUGGAGAAGUGUGCCCAGCUCUGGGGGUGGUGAAGGCAGCACAAGCACCCAGGAGUGGGAUUCCACACAGGGUGCAUCACCAGGAGUCAAUUCCCCUGGUGGGAUUCCACACAGGCUGCAUUGCCAGGAGUUAAUGCCCUGGUGCCAUACACUAGCUCAGGUGCCUUUUGGCAGCUGGGCUACAGCCCUGCCUCAGGAUGGGAAGCAGCCACAGCAAAGGGCUGACACCACCAGCAGCUCCUGGGACCCUGGGAGAGCUCCCUGCAGAGAAGGACUCCCUUGCUCUUGCUCUGCAGAUUUACUGCCCAGCUCUGGCACCACAAUCCCGGCUGAAGGCCACCAGGAAUGAUGGCAGAAUGUCCCCACAGAGGGUUGGUGCCACCAGGAAGCUGAGGGAGCCCAGCAGCACUCGGCACUGACACCAGCUCAGCACCAUGUCCUGCUCCUCCUGCUUCCAUUGCAAGGCCACCCUGUUCCGUGCCCUGCUCGGAGGAUCUCCCGGGUGUGUGCUGCUGAAACGCCGACAGGGGACGAUGGACAGCAGAGAUUCCCUUUGGGAGGACUCGUGAAUAUCCCAGGAACCGCCCUGCUCCCUGCUGCCGACCCUGCUGUCAGCUCAGCCGAGGGUUCAGCUCCCUCGUGUGGCUGCCCGGGCCCUGCACACCCGGCCUCCUGCUGCCUCUGCUUUUAGCACCAUUAACGGGAUAAACCCGACCUGAUUUCCACAUUUAGACAGAUACUCAGACCUAGUUUAGCUGAACCCUAUUAAAACAGCCUGCAGCAAAGCCCUGCAUCACACCCUGCACGGUGCAGGCUCUGGCAGGGGAUCAGGUACUCACAUGGCAUCUCACAACAACAGUGCUCUGAGGAUUGUGAUGCUAAAACAGGGCUGGCUUUAUUUACACCUCACUGCUGCAGUUCUGGUUCCUGUGCUUGGUCUUGCACAUCGCAGGAGGAGAUGUCAGAACACUCCAUGCAAGGGAAAUGCUCCACUACUGGAUUUCAGUGCAGCCUGGCCUGCUUUUCCAGGCAAGAUGGACCAGGCACCUUCUCUGAGACACGAGUGCCUUGCUGCUCUGCUGGGCCACGCUCACAGCCCUGCCCUGGGGUGCUGCCCCAGCAGGGACUGGGAGCACUGCAUCCUCCUGCCACUGACUCAGCCUGGUGAGCAAAGGCUCAGGGCUCCCGGUGAUUCACUUCACUUUCAAUCAAAUAGGUAUGCUGGCCUGUCAUCCUCCACAGAACUUGAAAUGGGCUGCCUAAAGCCUCUGGGCAAACUGCAUGCACUCCUUACUCCCCUCUGCCCCGGAGCCAGGGCUUGGGGUGAGGCUUGGUUUGCACUAGACAGUGCUGGGGCUGCAUCCUGGCAUGUUCCAGCAGUACCAGUGCAACCCACUGAGCACUCCUGGCGCUGGAAAACAGCCCCAGAGCUGUGUGUCACUCACAGUGCAGUCAGGUAUUGAAACAGACUGUAAAUAAACCCUGCUAUUUACUAGUGUGCAUGAGGGCUGGCUUCUCCCAGGAGGAGCAGGGGAUGGACUGACUUCCCUGUGUGUUAAUAUGUACAGCUGAGAUGUGAAUAAAGCUCUGGUGCAGAUACUGAGCACAGCAUGGCGCCUGUCAGACACGGUGGAUGUUAAGAAAUGCUCUGUGUCAACAAUAAACUGGAUCAAUAAACCUCUCUAAGCCCUG